AACUAGCUACAAGAAUGAAAGAAAAAUGUAAAGGUAUUUAAGAGAUUAUGGCAUCUGAAACCCACAAUGUUAAAAAACGGAACUUUUAUAAUAAUAUUGAGGAUCAUUCCAUUGAUCGUCCUAGAAAAAGGAUCUCUAAUUUCACUAAUAAGAACAUGAAGGAGGUUAAGAAAUCUCCAAAACAGUUGGCUGCUUACAUAAAUAGAACAGUUGGACACGCUGUUAAGAGCCCAGAUAAACUACGUAAGGUGAUCUACCACAGAAAGAAAGUUCAUUAUCCUUUUCCAAAUUCUUGUUUUAAAAAGAAACAGUCCCCUAGAAGUGGGAGCUGUGACACAAAUAAAGAAAAUGAACUGGCUUGUGCAGACCACCUGCCUGAAAAAUUACACCAUGAUAGUCAAACAUAUUUGCCUAACUCCAGUGAUUCUGGUUCUUCACAGACAGAAAGCGCAUCAUCAAAAUACAGUGGUUUUUUUUCUGAGGUUUCUCAGGAUCAUGAAACAAUGGCACAAGUUUUGUUCAGCAGGAAUUUGAGAUUGAAUGUAGCUUUAACUUUCUGGAAAAAGAGAAGUAUAAGUGAACUUGUAGCUUAUUUGGUGAGGAUAGAAGACCUUGGAGUGGUGGUGGAUUGCCUUCCUGUGCUUACCAAUAGUUUACAGGAAGAAAAACAAUACAUCUCACUCGGCUGCUGUGUAGACUUGUUGUCUCUUGUAAAGUCACUACUUAAAAGCAAAUUUGAAGAAUAUAUAAUAGUUGGUUUAAACUGGCUUCAAGCAGUCAUAAAAAGGUGGUGGUCAGAACUCUCGUCCAAAACAGAAAUUAUAAAUGAUGGAAAUAUUCAGAUUUUAAAACAACAAUUAAGCAGAUUGUGGGAACAAGAAAACCAUCUUACUUUGGUUCCAGGAUAUACUGGUAAUAUAGCUAAGGAUGUAGAUGCUUAUUUAUUACAGUUGCAUUGAAAGACUUCAUCUACUAAAGAGCAUUUGGUUAUUCAAAACAUCCCUGGACUAUAUGAUUUCCAAACAAGUCUCAUUGGAGAACUGUGAACUAUGAAAGAAAUCAAC